ACCGCGCGGUGUGACGAACAGUAUAUCUCGUGAAUAGUGCGCCGCGUGAAACGCCGUUUUUGCUUACAAUCGUUGUACAGUAUAUAUUUAUAUUCGUUUCGCGAUUUACGACUUUCCGUUACAACGUCGCGUUACGGUGUAUUAGCACGAUUAGUUAGCUCGAAAUUGUAUAUGUGUGUGUAUGUGUAUUCUCGUAACGAAGUGACGAGAAUGAGCGGCGAAGCUGCGAUUUUUAACGUAACGCGCGCGCACCCGUACUAAAAAAAAAAAAAGAAACUCCGUCAACCACCUUACUCGUCGUCUUGCCUCGUCGAACAAGAAAAACUCAGACAUUACUUGUUUUAAAUCCUCGUUUCGGCGAAUUAAGCGAGACACCCUCUCCUAAUCGUGUUAUCCGACGGUUCAAUAAGAGACUGGAAUAUAUAAAAAAUAAAAAUAAAAACUGCAAGAUAUUCGCGAUUCGAGAAUUUUGCUCGCUCGUGGCUCGAACUCGAGAGCCGGAAUACUCUCUGGCGCAUCUAAGUUUCCCCACACCCCACCUGGAUUUUCGUGUCGUUACGUCCGCAACUACCUACCUACCUACAAAACCACCUCCUAUAUAGUACUUUUGGGUACGCGUUACCUUGAUAUAUAGUAAGACUUCGUACAAGCCCAAUCCCCACCCUACUCAUUUUUAUUCUCUCACGCUCUCGUUAUCCUCUUUCUCUCUCCCUUUUUUCCCUUUGAUCAUCCUCAUUAUCUUUAUCCUCAGAGCCCUGCUCCACCUGCUCUUCCUUCAUCAACUUUUUCUUUGCUCAUUCUCGCUCUCCCUUUCUCGUCCUUCUUUGUACACCGACAAAUCAUACAACCACAUAGCGAAUUUACCUCCCAACCCUCCGCGCUCCGCCAUCACGCGUACGCGGGUGCAGAUGUGUCCGUCGACGGCGGCGGCGGCGGCGGCCUAGAAAAAAAUACAUAUAUACACAUACACGAUGGAUUGCGGCGAAACUUCAAGCAAUGGCGACAUACAAUGGUGUUUCUCUCAAGUCAAGGGAACCCUCGAAGAUGACGUCACAGACGCUGAUAUAAUUUCAUGCGUUGAAUUUAAUCAUGAUGGGGAUCUCCUCGCGACCGGAGACAAAGGUGGACGGGUUGUUAUCUUCCAACGAGAUCCCAUUAGUAAAAAGAGUAUACCACGGAGAGGCGAGUACAAUGUGUACAGUACGUUUCAGAGUCACGAGCCGGAGUUCGAUUACCUCAAGUCAUUGGAGAUAGAGGAGAGAAUAAACAAAAUAAGGUGGUUGAAACGAAAGAAUCCGGCUCACUUCUUACUCUCGACUAACGACAAAACAAUCAAGUUAUGGAAAGUCAGUGAACGGGACAAGAGAGUUGAGGGCUAUAAUACUAAGGAGGAAAAUGGUGCGAUUCGUGAUCCAGCCUGUAUCACUGCCUUAAGGGUACCUACCAUCAAACCAAUGGAAUUGACGGUCGAGGCAUCACCGAGGAGAAUAUUUGCCAAUGCACACACAUACCAUAUAAACAGUAUAAGUGUCAAUAGCGACCAGGAAACAUACCUCAGUGCCGAUGAUCUUAGAAUUAAUCUCUGGCACCUCGAGAUCACUGAUCAAAGUUUUAACAUAGUAGACAUUAAGCCAACUAACAUGGAGGAACUUACGGAAGUGAUAACAGCCGCCGAGUUUCACCCGGUCGAAUGUAACCUUUUGGUGUACAGCAGUAGCAAGGGAACGAUAAGAUUGUGCGACAUGAGAUCAGCAGCUCUGUGCGACCAUCAUAGUAAAAUAUUCGAGGAACCGGAGGAUCCAACAAAUAGAAGCUUUUUUUCUGAAAUUAUUUCCAGUAUAAGCGAUGUUAAAUUGAGCAAUUCGGGGAGGUACAUGAUCAGUAGAGAUUACCUCAGUGUCAAAGUAUGGGAUUUACACAUGGAGACGAAGCCCAUCGAAUGUUAUCCAGUCCACGAGUAUCUGAGGUCAAAGUUGUGCUCGUUGUACGAGAACGAUUGUAUUUUUGAUAAAUUCGAGUGCUGCUGGAGUGGUAACGAUUCAGCGAUAAUGACUGGCUCGUACAACAAUUUCUUUCGUGUAUUUGAUCGUGGUACAAAGCGAGAUCUGACCCUUGAGGCUGCGCGUGACAUCGCCAAGGCUAAGACGCUCCUCAAACCGCGAAAAGUUUGCACCGGUGGAAAACGUAAGAAGGACGAGAUCAGCGUUGAUUGUCUCGACUUCAAUAAGAAAAUACUGCAUACCGCGUGGCAUCCGUCGGAGAAUGUGGUUGCCGUUGCUGCAACGAACAAUCUCUUCCUGUUUCAGGACAAGCUCUAGCACAUUUGCGUGCAGAUAAUACAACGCUACAUACUGACGUAAGCGUGCCGCUUGGAGCCGAACGAUUACAGCGGUGGAGCAAACGAGUGUCUGAAGUACGACUUUCGCGGACGAGAGUCAGCUGUUUUUCCGAGUUGAAAAAAGAGGAACGAUAUGAAAAAGGAAAGGGGUGGGGGAGGGACAUUUGACCGACCAAGAAUGGGAGUACGCAGCAGCACCGUCCACGAGGGUGCGAGAGAGAGAGAGUGAGAGAAAGCGCGCGCGCGUAUUCGUUAUCCAUCAAUUCUAACCGUGUUAUAUUUUCCAUAUAACGCGACGCUCGUAGCGGCGUCGUGAUUUAUUUUUAUGAUUUUUUGUUUUAUUUUUCUCUUUAUUAUAAUUUUUUUUUUAUAUAUAUCAGCGAUCAGUGAAUUGAUCAAGAACUAUUAGCAGCUAUGAUAUUCCAAUCAAGCCGAAUCUCCGCACCGACGAGCUCAUACAACAAAGCUCCCGAAGCUCCGUUACUUAUUUAGCUGCGUAAUAAAAAAUUAAUUGAAGUAAACGAUGAAAAGAAAGUAAAUGAAAGAAGGAGAAGAAAAGGAAGUGAAAGAAGAAAAAUCGCGAUGGGAUUAGUUCCUGUAAAGUUGAGGAGAAACGCGCGCGCGCGCGUGCGCCUAAUCACAUACAAAGCUUGCACGGAAACAUUUAAACAACAAUACAAUUAUAAAAUUGGAAAAAAAAAAACACAAAAAAGUUACCGCGGCUGCAUACAUUCGUACAUGAAUGCACAUGACGUUAGGGCAACAGACACGAGAAAGAACAAUUAUAUGAAGUAAAAAAUUCACUUUGAACACGUAUAUAUACACACGGGAUCAUUGAUGUAAAGCUCACUAGACUCGUAAACGAUAGCUCGACUUUUUAUUACAAAAGAAACGAUUGAUGAAUACACUAUAAUGAAAUUCUUGAGUCCCGCAGUGCAAAUCGAAUUUUCCGGAUCUCGCGAAAUCGUACGUUUCGUUCCGAAGUCUCUUUUAACAUUCAAUGACACUUCGAUUAAUGAGGAACACACCGAGCGAUCAUUCCCGUGCGAUAGACUAUUCGUCGACUAUUCAUUUUUCGUAAGCUCCAACCGCUCAUCACGUGCUCUUACUUUCUUUCUUCCCUUUGUUUAAAUUCAUUGAAUUUCAGCUUUCCUAUGCGCGAAACGUUCAAUCUUCGAGGUUACAAUAUCGACUAUUUUCCAUAAUUGUGAGAGCGAAAUAAAAUUGAAAUGAAAAGAAAAAUAAACAAUUAAAUGAAAUGAACUAAAUAAAAACGUAACAAACACAAGAAGAAAACAUAUGAUGAAUACAGAACCAACCCAAAGUGUGAAAACCUGCAUUGAAACGAUAUUGAUAUUUGUUGUCAAGCUUAUAGGGCCUACAUUUGCUCAUUUUUAUUUUCAUAAUAAAAAUACACGUCAUCACGAAUUACGAUCAACGAUAUCUCGUUUCCCUUGUCCCCAAUUAUUUUCAAGCUAUCGAAGAAGGAAUUAUCAUUUUCAAACAUUUUCAAGUGUCGUUGCUAAGGAAAGUUUAAACAGCGAGAACAAAAGACGGAGAUUGAGCAAUUUGCUUACAGCAGAUGUACAAAUCCGAACGGAAACGUACGUAAGUUGAAUGUACGAGUGAGAUUCUGCAGCGUCAUUCCAGAGCCAUGAAUCUUGUAACUAUUGAUCGAACACACUAGCGCAUUAUGAAAAGAAAAAAACGAAACAAAUGAGUGAGGAGAUAAAAAGGAGAAAUUUUUGAGAAGCCUCAAACUCCAAAGAUACAAACCCAUAUGAACGGGGUAGUCGACGCAAAAUCAAUUGUUUCUUAACAAAAAGAAUAUCCACAAAAUGCGUAAGCUGUAAUUUUUUAUCGCAGAAACAAUAUAAACUGAAUACAAAAUA